GACAUCAUAGUACGGAAAGAACCACCAAUACCAUGACUCAUUGCCACUAACCGCUCAAAUGUUCCAGGGUGAGGACAGCCAAAAAGGCCGAUGGCUGCGAACUGGUCCUAUCCUGGAGCUGAUGGACGUGCUGGCUGGCACCAUCUCGUCUCGCGUGUCACUGGGCCCCACCGCCACCAUCUCGUUCGACCGUGUGGACCUGGUUAAGCCCGUGUUCCACGGCGACUUGGUGCGCGUAGAGGGCGAGGUUAUCGGUCUCAGCAACUCGUCCAUGGCUGUGCAGGUCAGCGGCUACCGCCACGAUGUUCCCACUGGCACGUUCCAACACACGCACGAUGCUAUUAUCACGAUGGUGGCCAUCAACCGAUUUGGACGACCGAGGAAGGGUCUUCCGCAGCUCUUCGACCCCGACCGAGCCGAUUACUGCCUCAAGAUGAGGGAAGUGGCUAAUCAACGCAAAGAAUUGGCGAGACGAUGGCAAAAAGAGCAGGAGGCUGUGGAUAGAACCCCCUUAAUUAAGAACAGCGACCUGCUGCCCGGAGAGACCAAGGACGAGUAUGUCUCCGUGAGCGAGACGGAGAUCGAAGUACGCAACUGGUUUUUGCCGCGCAACCUCAACAUCAACGAGACGGUGUUUGGUGGUGACUUACUCACGUGGAUGGACCGAGCCGCGUUGUACUGCGCCGAGAACUUUACGAAGUCGGAGAAAAUGGUGACUAUUGCCAUGAACCGCGUGCUGUUCAAGCUUCCGAUCUCGAUCUCGGAUAUCGUCACGGCCCGCGCCCGUGUUGUCAAUGUUCGGUGAGUUUCAAUCAGAUGGGAGCUGAUAGUUUUGGGUUAGAUUGACUUAUGCACUUACUGUUUGUUGUGAUCGGGUAUAUUAGGCGUUACCGCCUCGAGGUCGAGGUCGAGGUGUUUGUUCAAUCUGUCGUAGACGGCGGUGAGCGCAAGUCUCACAGCGGCUACUUUACGGUGCUGAACUUGGAUGAAAAGGACGCGUUCAAACCGAUCGACAAGGGCCUCAAAAUCGACGAAGACAACCAGCACGAGAUGCGGGUGCUAAUGAAGGCUCAGAAACGUCUGGAGUUUGCCGAAGAAGACAAGAACGUACACUCGCUGAAGACACUGGAACCCCGGUUGUGAUUUUGAAGCACCCGCCCACCCACCAGCAGUUGGAUAACUGCUACAUUAGACAAGAGCGUUCAUUGAACGCUUCAAUGGAUUGACUCAUUUCAUCUCUUUUCCCAUCUGGCAUUGCGCUGAGAUCACAUGAAUUGUAGCCCUGAGGAUAACGACAGAUGGUCACCACUUCAUCGGGCACAAAUGACAGCGGGAAGAUCACGGUCACCGAGUCGGCGACCAUGGAAAGUCUGGUGAUCACUUCAACGUCGCACGCUCACGUGGAUAGACAGAGGGUUGGAUAGUAACACGACUUCUUCCAUGGUUUGAACUUAUACAAACGUUAAUAAAGACACUUCACUAGGCUUAGCGGCGACGGUGCCGGUUAAAACGGAGAAAGAGCACACCGAUGACGAGGAUCUGCAGUACGA